AUGGCAGGAUUAAGCGCGGGGUAUGAUUUAUCAGUUUCUACAUUUUCUCCAGAUGGGAGGCUAUACCAAGUGGAGUAUAUUUACAAAUCAAUCAAUAAUAACAAUACAGCAUUAAGCUUAGAGUGUCGAGAUGGUAUAAUAACUUGUUGCAUUAAUUCCAAUCUUCAGAAAAAUAAAAUGAUUAAGAAGAAUAGUUAUAACAGAAUAUAUCAUAUCAAUAACAACAUUAUCAUAACAUAUGCAGGGUUGGAUGGAGAUGCAAGGAACAUAAUUGACCGUGCUAAAAGCGAAGCCAACAAUUAUUUUCUCAAUUUCCACACCAAUAUCCCUCUUCAUAUAUUAGCAAAUAGAAUAUCUCUGUAUAUACAUGCGUAUACCUUGUAUUGGCACCUGCGUCCAUUUGCAUCGUCCAUUAUAUUAGCGUCCUUUGAUGAAAACGAGAAAGGUGAAAUUUACUGUGUCGAACCGAACGGAGCAUGUUACAAAUAUUCAGGAGUGGUAAUUGGGAAGAAUAAAGAAAUGUUUAAAACAGAAAUCGAAAAGAAGAAUUACAAAGACAUAGAUGUGAAGGAAGCGCUAGUUGAUAUUUACAAGUUCAUUUUGACAAGCGAUGAUCAUAUGAAUAAGGACAAUUUGCCCUAUUUAGUUAAUUUCUCAUGGAUUUGCAAAGAUUCCUCUUAUGAAUUCCAGAAUAUAGAUUCAGAUAUUUUAAACAAUGCCAUGCAUGUGGCUGUGGAUUAUAUGGAACAGUUGAAUCAUUAA